AUUUCCAUCACUGCAUCCCUGGCAACAGCCCGGCAAAUUUGCGGUUUUGGUGAAAUUAUAAAUAAUAGAAUUAGCUUGGUCCUGCCUUUGUUGAAACACCGACAUGUCAUCCAUUGACAAGUUGUCCAUCCAGGGAGUCCGGAGUUUCGGUUCCAAUGCCGAGGAUCUACAGAGCAUUACGUUCUCAUCGCCGGUUACCCUGAUUCUGGGCGAGAAUGGAUGCGGAAAAACGACCGUAAUAGAGUGCUUAAAGUACGCCCUGACCGGCGAAUGUCCGCCCGGGAGUGACCGCGGCAAGAGUUUCGUCCACGACCCCAAGAUCUUUGGGCUGAACGAAUCGCUGGCGCAGAUCAAGAUGCAGGUGCGAGACAAGCGGGGUGCUCAGGUGUCUAUUUGCCGCACAAUGAAGGUGUCCAACAAGCGCAACAAGGUGUCCUUCGAGACAAUGGACUCCACAAUCAACUUUCUGACCGGCGCUGGGCAAUCUAAGCGCGAGAAUCAGGACUCCCUAAGCGGUCGCACGGUGGACAUCGAUGUGGCAAUCUCAGACUUCAUGGGCGUCUCGAAGGCUAUCAUUAACAAUGUCCUGUUCUGCCAUCAAGAGGACUCCAGUUGGCCGCUGGACGAGGCAAAGAAGUUGAAGGAGAAGUUCGACGCAAUAUUCGGAAUCACCGAGUACAAUAAGGCCCUGGAUAAAAUCAUAAAGCUUCGCAAGGAAGCUGUGGAGCAGCUGAAAGUGAUGGACGCCAACAUGAAGCAUGUAGCUUAUCUCAAGGAGGAAAUGGAGGUUAAAACUCUGAGCCUGCAGAAAGCCCAGCAAAAAUGCGACUCCAUCAAGGCGCAGUGCAACGAAUGCGAAGAGGAAAUGAAGCCCAUUGAGGCCAGGUUGUUGGAAAUCCGGAAUGUCGAGUUUGAAGUUGGCAAGUAUCAAGCGCAGAAGGUUGAAAUGGACACCAAGCACAAAAACUGCAAGGAGCAGAUCUCCACCAUAACGAGGAAGAUCAAGAGCCCUUUUAAAGGUUCUCUGAUUGAGUUAGAGCAAGAGAUCAACAACUUCGAUCAGCGCAUGUCGGAGAUGCGGCAACAGCGCACAGAAGCGGAACAGAGUUUGUCCCAGCUUAAGAAAAGCAGUGCAGCUGAACAGGAAAAAUUGAGCACGCAGGACAGGAAGCAUUGCCUGGCCAAGCAACGUCACCAAAGCGAGCAGACUUGUCGGGCACAGCUUCUGAAGCGGGUAAAGGACUUCUGCCUCGAACUUAAGAUUCCCAUUGACGGGGAUCUUGUUGAGCAGCCUGAGAAGCUUGAGAAAGUAAUGCAGGACAUCGAGGAGAUGUUACUAAGCAAGCACUGUGAAAUCACAGAGAUUGUCGAGCAGAACGACAAGGCCGAUCGGGGAAGGCAAGCCAAGAUCGACGAGUUGCGCAUUGAGCUGACCAAGUCGGAGCAAAGCGUGACAGCGCAAGAAAAGCAGAAGGAGUCUAGCAAACGAGAGAGUGAAACCCUUGGCGCUGAGAUAAAAAAAAUUGAAACAUCCAUGCAGGAAUUGAAAAAGCUGGAGAAAGAAAUUUCCGAAGUCAACGAGCUGUACGAGACCGCUACGAAAGAUUUGGACCAGCAGGCGAUGAAAGAGGUCAUAGCCUGUAAGAAGGCCAGUAUUGCCGAGAAGCAAACUCUCUUUAAGAAGCUGGACGAACAGUUGACUUUCCUGGGCUCCAUGGCCAAGAUGGUUGCCGAGAUCAGCCUCAAGCAGAAGGAGCUCGAAAAGAGGAACCAGGAAGUGCAUCGAGUGCGCAGCCGACACGCCGAUAAUUUUGGGAAAUUCUUUAAGGAACCCAUUAAUAGCAACUAUCGCCGAUCGAUGCAAGGAGCCUACGAUAGGCUUCGGCGUGAAAUCCAGGACCUUAACGAAAAGGCUAACUCGCAGAAGCUAAAGGAGCAGUCGCACGAGAUCAAACGUAAGAACCUUAUCGUUGAGAUCUCGCGCAUGGAGAAGGAGCUCAAGGAGAGUGAGGAGUUGAUAUUUCAAAAGUGUCGGUCAACUCCGUACGAUGAUCUGCUAGAGCGAAGCAAAACGGCCAUAUCCAAGCUGCAGUUCGACCAUGGGGCGCUGAAAUCUGCUGAGGCCCUUUACAAGAAAUACAUACAGAAAAUCGAUGAAGAGCCUUGUUGUCCAUUGUGCCAUCACGACAUGUCUAGUGAUGAGGCUUGCGAUUUGACGAAUGAGCUAACUGAUGAAAUCCAAAAGUUGCCCGAUAAUAUCACCAGAGCUGAAAAAGCGCUGAAAGCGGAGCAAAUCAAGUUUGAGAACUUAUUGCAAAUAAAACCCAACAUCCUUAAGGUCAAGGAUCUGAAGGAAUCAAUGCCUCAGAAAAAGGAGGAACUUAAAAAAGUGGAGGAGUUGCUCGGGGAGAGUGUCAGCGAAUAUGAAACGUUGCUUGCUUUGAUUGGCGAGCCUACACAGAAUAUGGAGUUGGCAAAUUCCAUGAUGGGUGAUAUGACUUUGUUAGACGAGGCUUUAAAAGACUCGCUGCGACUUACAAAAGAUCUGGAUCAGCAAAAGGCUAAGUUGCCUGCUUCCUACGAUUCGAGUGUCUCGAUGGAUGCCUUGCAGGCGGAGAAGAGUCAGGUUUCCAAGGAGUUGGAUGCGGAACGCAAGGAGUUAGACUCCACUCAGAACACAUUCCAACAGCAAAUGGAUGCCCUUAACCGUUUGCGCGAAAAGAAGAAUAGUUUGAAAGACAGACAAAUACACCUACAGGAGGGUCUUCAAAGCUUGCCACAGUUAAAGGAACGUUUUGAAAAGCUCAAAUCAUUUCUUAUUACAGUCGCCACUGAAAUAAGCGAACUAAAGGCAAAAAUUCAGCCUUUAAAGCAGAACUUAAGAAAAUCCAUAGAUGAAAAAGAGCGUUUAAAAGAAAGUGAAAAAGCGAAGGUAGCUCAGAUGAAUACGAAAUAUAAUUCCUACAAAAGCACAGAUCAGGACAUACAAAGAUUGAAUAAAGAAGCUCAGGAGUUUGCCAAAUUAAACCUUCAAAAUGAAAUCAAGAAACUUGAUGAGGUUAUAAAGGCAACUAAAGAUCAGCUGAGGAAAUUGGAAACCGAAAUAUCUUUGAAAACUGAUGAACUGGAGACCAUUAAAACUGAGUGCCUCAAUCAGCAGACCGUUGAACGAGAUCUGAAGGAUAAUCGCGAGCUGAAACAGCUACAGGAUAAGGAAACAAAACUGAGAGAAAGCUGCCAGACGUUAGACAAGCAACUUGGUAACCUGGAUUUCCGCAGCGUCAGCAAGGAGAAAGUUGAGCUGACAAAACAACGGGAUAAGGCCACAGUGCGCAAGGGUGAGCUGUUGGGCCAGCUGGGCGAGAUUAACAACCAGGUGAACAAGUUGAAGCGAGAAAUCGAUGAGCCCAAGUUUAAGGAGUCUCUUAAAAACUUCCGGAAGGCCAAUUACGAGCUGAUGGUAACUCGCCUCAGCAUCGAGGACUUGGGCCAACAUCGUUUGGCUUUGGAGUGGGCCCUAAUUCAGUUCCAUGCGGAGAAGAUGGAGAAGAUUAACCGGCUGAUACGCGAGUACUGGCGGAUGAUAUACCGCGGUAAUGACAUCGACUACAUUCAGGUGAAGACAGACGAGGUCAGCACGGAUGCUUCGGCGGAUCGCCGAAAAACCUACAACUACAGAGUGGUCCAGUCGAAGAAUAACACUGAGAUCGAGAUGCGGGGACGCUGCAGUGCUGGUCAGCGCGUCCUGGCCUCGCUGAUUAUACGCUUGGCACUAGCCGAGACGUUUAGCAGUAAUUGCGGUGUACUGGCAUUGGAUGAGCCCACCACGAACUUGGAUCGCAUCAAUAUAACCUCGUUGUGCGAUGCGCUGAACUGCAUCGUGGAGGAGCGCCAGAGUCAGUCGAACUUUAUGCUCAUCAUCAUCACACACGACGAGAACUUCAUCUCGUCGCUGGGCAAGAUAACCAGCUACCAUCGAGUCUUCCGCAACGAUGAGUGCAAAUCGGUUAUACGGAAAGUGCAGGUUGGCUGAGUGGUCGGUCUAUCAAAGAGGGUUUUAAUACAUCAAUAAAAAGUAUCACUUUUGUUAUCAAUCUA